AUGGGAAGCUUUAUUAUCUAUUCACCAAGUGAUUGUUCGUACAAGAGGCUGCUCGGUCAUUUGACUCAGCGGCGUCGCCCACAGCCUCCUGCAUACUACUACUACUACUACUACUACUACUACUACUACUACUACUACUACUACUACUACUACUACUACUACUACUACUACUACUACUACUACUACUACUACUACUACUACUACUACUACUACCACAACAACUACUACUACUACUACUUCUACAACCAAUACUAUUACUGUUACUAA